AUGGGUCAAAGAGUGGUGGGGUUGGGUUUGGACUUUCAGCCGCAAAUGGCGGAGGAGAAUGGCAAGCUGCCUUCCAUUUUUUGUUUUUUAGGAAAUGGAAUUAAGAGGGGCUUCCACUCACAGAUCGGCGAAGAAGAAGCUUCUUUUCAGUGUGAAGCUUUGCUAAAAUUGCCAUCAGGAGGUGGGAGUUCAAAUGGUGCUAUAGGGGAAGCUGAAAGUCAUGAGAAAUCUAUCCUCAUAAACUCCGAAGCUAAAGAGGCUGCAAUUAUGGAUGCCAAAAUUGAUGACGGGAACUCAGAGUUUGGAACUUUGCUAAAAUUGCCAUCAGGAGGUGGGAGUUCAAAUGGUGCUAUAGGGGAAGCUGAAAGUCAUGAGAAAUCUAUCCUCAUAAACUCCGAAGCUAAAGAGGCUGCAAUUAUGGAUGCCAAAAUUGAUGACGGGAACUCAGAGUUUGGAAGUAAAGAUGGAGCUUUCAUCUGGCACAGCAACAGAUGGAGCUCUUGCAAUUGA